AUGAAUAUCCCGAUACUACUGAGAUAUUCUGGAGUUUGGCAAUCCGAUGUUAGUUAUGAACAAUACAAAAGUGAUGGAAUCAUUGUCGGUGACAAUGUAGCUUACUCAAAUCUAAAAGCAGCAAUCGCUGCUGAAUUGAGUGUGGAUGAAUCAGAGAAAAAUAUUAAAAUCCGAUACAUAGUUGAAGUGAAGGAGAAUCAAUUCUAUAAGGACAAAGCAACUCUAGUUGACGUAAUGGUCAAAUACAAAAUCAAUAAUGAAUUUAAUUUUAAGGUUAAAAGAUCCUACAGUAAAAGUUAUGUGUUAGUAUGCUUUUCAGACGAUUGUUGUUGGAGAAUGAAAGCUUCAUGUUGGAAAAAAUCCGAUAUAUUCAAAGUUAGAUAUUUUAAUAGUGAACAUUCAUGUGCACUGAGAGAUAGAAUUUUCAACAAAGUUCAUGCUACAAAGGCUUUUGUUAGUUCAUUCACAGCACCUAAAUUGGUUAAUCAUAAGAGAAUUCUCACCCCUAAUGAUAUACGAGAGGAUAUUAAAUCAGCGUAUAGAAUUGAUAUUACCUAUCAACAGGCAUGGCGUUCAAAAGAGAAUGCUUUGGAGAUGUUAAGGGGAAAACCUGCUGAUGGAUAUAGACAGCUGUCUGCAUACCUACAUAUGCUAAAAACCGUAUAUCCAAAUUCGUACAUAAGUAUGCACAAGUCAUCAACUGAUGAGUUCAUGUAUUUGUUCAUAGCGUUAAGGCCUUUGAUGAGGGGGUUUCAAUUUUGUCGACCAGUAAUUGUUGUUGACGGUGCGCAUCUUGAUGGACCUUAUAAAGGGACGUUUGUAUCAGCUAGCUCACUUGAUGGGGCAGGUUGCAUAUUGCCGUUGGCGUAUGGUGUUGUUGAUACAGAAAAUGAUGCAUCAUGGACGCGGUUUUUUCAGAAUUUCAAGAAUGCAUUUAAUGAGAGGGACAAUAUAUCUGUAUUUGAUACAUGA